UACGCAUAUUCCUCAAUGGGUUUUAGGAGACAGCACAUAUUCACGCCUGCUCAUCUAGUGGACUUAGGUCAAGAGAUUCACGAGUUUAGAGAAAGAGGAUUUUUCCAGAAACUCCGUAAACCCCUUGAGAGCCCUUCACCUUCUCUUCUCCUCUCCUUCUCCUUCUUCAUUUUGUCAUUAUCAUUUCUAUGGUUAAUGGCAAAAGCCAAGGCACCAAAAAGAACCCUAGAUUCCUACACAAUCAGAGGAACAAACAAGGUCGUGAAAGUUGGGGAUUGUGUAUUGAUGAGACCCGUAGAAACAUCGAAACCGUCUUAUAUAGCUAAAAUAGAGAGGAUUGAAGCAGAUGCUAGAGGUCAUGUUAAGGUACAAGUUAGAUGGUAUUACAGACCAGAAGAAUCCCUUGGAGGAAGAAGACCGUUUCAUGGAGUAAAAGAGGUGUUUUUAUCUGAUCAUUUCGAUCUACAAAGUGCUGAUACAAUUGAGGGUAAAUGUACUGUUCAUACCUUUAAAAGCUAUACAAAGCUUGAUGCUGUUGGUAAUGAGGAUUUCUUCUGUCGGUUCGAGUAUAAUUCUUCCACUGGAGCGUUCAAUCCUGACAGGGUUGCUGUAUACUGCAAGUGCGAGAUGCCUUACAACCCCGAUGAUUUGAUGGUUCAAUGUGAGGGUUGCGACGAUUGGUUUCACCCUCCAUGUAUAGAAAUGACUAUAGAGGAUGCAAAAAAAUUGGAGCACUUCUACUGUCAACAAUGCGCAGCCGAUGAUGAAAUCAAGUCUAGGAAUCACGCUUCUAGAAACUCUGAUACCAAGGUGGAUAACAAACGGCGGAGAAGGUGACAGGCCUUAGACGUAAAACAUUAAAUGAACAUACUUACAAUUGGUGGAAUUUAAGGUGGUCUGUUUUUCUCUCUUUUGUUAAGCAUGUCAAAAAUCAGUUAUGAACAUGAAGAAAACCUAGAGGAGUUUUAUGUCCUCGAGUUGCAAUUGAUUAAAGCACGGGGAAGAAGAAAAUGCUAGAGUGGGCUUAACACUUUCUUUUUUUAUUCUUGAAAACUGUUUUUAAUAGUAUACAUUAUCUAGGUUUAGUGUGUGCCAUGUGUGUAUGAUCAGCUGCUUUAUUUCUCCUUUUUCAUUUUUGAAGGAGACAGAGGCUUUUGCUGUUCUGUACAUAAUGUGUGAUUCUAGUUUUUUCUGUAACAUGUUGUGUUAUACAUCUUGGCCGUUCCUUGCUAAA